AAGGAUGAAAGUGUCACUGGGAGUUGGGUGGCAUAUAAAUUCAAUAAGCUGUUAUUAAGGUUUAGAAUUGCCAGAAGGCAAGGCAGCUUUGCCUUUAUAGCUUUAUUUUGGAGGGAGGGAACGGCUGGAUGUCCUUGCUCCAAUCCCCACCUUUUUCACUCUCGACCCCCCUCAGGUUCCAGCGCCAUGUUCUACUUGGCGGCUGCUGUGUCGGAUUUCUACAUCCCCCCUUCAGAGAUGCCUGAACAUAAAAUCCAGUCAUCUGAUGGGCCCCUCCAGAUAACCAUGAAGAUGGUACCCAAAAUGCUCGCUCCUCUGGUUAAGGAAUGGGCGCCAGAAGCAUUUGUGAUUUCCUUCAAGUUGGAAACCGAUGCUUCGAUCCUGGUCGAGAAAGCAAGGCAAGCUCUGGAGAAAUAUCACCACCAGGUGGUAAUUGCCAACACCCUGGACUCGCGAAGAACCUCCGUGAUCGUGGUCACGAAGGAUUUGGAAACCCCGUUGUUGCUUUCGGAGGAUGAAAUCGCCCAAGGCAUGGAGAUUGAGGAAAAGAUUGUCAGCCACCUAGAAUCUCAGCACAGGGCUUUUAUGGAAAAAUAACCCCCAGUGGAUAAAAGUGACUUCUCUGAGUUCUCAGAUCCAAAUUUAAGAACAGCUAGGAGCUGGUGGUGGUGGUGGUGAAACUGGAAGGCUUCUGUUAUCAAUUUAACAGAGCUCCCUUGACUGGGGUCAAAGGGGUGUAAUUUGACACAGCUUGGUGAUUCCUUUGCACAUCUUCAGACUUGUUUGCUGCUCAUUUGUGGAAACAUUUAAAUAACAGGAACAUUCCAAGGCGGAAUGUUCUGGUGGGUGCAAUCACAGUUGUUUGUCUUGGUGAACAGGCAGACAGCAGUCUCUCUCUCUGACUCUCUGCUGCCUUGGAAAAAAAUUCAGGAUAAUUUAAAAACGUUCUCGUCAA